UCAUACGAUUUGUUGUGUUUUGGUUGCUGUGUUUUUUUCAGUAUCAGUUGUUAUUUCAUCUUUCGACUUGUUUGUACGUCUAGUAUUUGUUUAAUUCGUAAAAAUCGUUAUGGAUAAUGAGAUAUUAAAUAGGACUAUUCGAAUAGACGUUUUGAAGGAAUUCGAGAAUCGUUAUUUUAGAGAAUUGUCAAAAAGUAACGUACAAAGUGCAACCGUUUUCAACUAUGCUUCCUGUCUUGUUCAAAGUUCUUAUGCCGCCGAUAUUCAUAAAGGAAUUUCAUUAUUUAUGCAAUUAAUCGAAUCAUCGCAAAGUAGAGAUUUCAGUAUAAUGGAUUGUGCUUACUUUAUCGCAUUGGGGAAGGCUCGAAUCAAGGAUUACACCUCAGCACUUCAUUACACGGGUGUUAUUUUGAAAAUUGAGCCCAAUAAUUUAUUAGUAUCGAAUUUACAAGAUAAUAUCAAGAAGAAUAAGAAAAAAGAUGAGUUGAAAAAAGUAGCUGUAAGUGGCGGAUUAGCGGUCACAAUUGGCGGAAUUUUUGGUCUCGGAUUGACUCUGGCAAGAAUGCUUUAAUGAAUCGAUGUUGUGAUGAAUUGGAUCAUCUUCCUUUUAAAGGCACAAUCACUGAAUAGAAAAUAUAAAAUGGAUAUAGACGUAAUAUUGUACCUAUUAUCAAAUUUUGUAGUUUUUUUUGCAGCGUUAUAGCCUUUAAAUUUGCAAGAGAAUUUAUUUUUUAAUGUCUUAUACAUAUGUACGUUGUGUUUUAAUGAAUUUGUAAUAUCAUUUGUAUGUGAUGUAAUUUUCAAUUUUGUUAUUUUAAUGUGUUUUUAUUUAAAUUGUUGUUACGCUUAUUAUUUUUAUCACUCAUUAGAAAGUCUCUCUUAAUAUAAGUAAGUAAAUCAAAGUUAUUUUUAGUUAUUUUUAUUUGUUGGAAAAUAAUGUCACGUACUCGAGUUGUAAUAUCUAGCUACUUUAUCUCAUUCUUGUAAUGUUUAAAUUUCCAAAUUACAUAGGUAUUAGAAAAAACGAUUGCUCAGUUUAUCAAGUAAAUAUAAAUAAAUAAUGAUCAUGUUUUGUGUAUCCUUCCUUAAUAAA